UGGAAAAUGCAAAGCUGGAAAGGAAAGCCCCUCUCUCUACUUGUGCCUCUCUGCUGCUUCACCUUCCCCUAGAAAGUGAUAGAAAUAGAAAGACAGGGGAAAGAGAGAGGACUAUACUGCACCGUCGGUGCAGAUUAGCGCUCGUCGACCCCCCACGACGGCCGCGGCGUCGUUUUGGAGGGUUUUCCUUACAUGGAUUCUUCUCUCUCUGCUUCCUCUUUCCUCAAAGGUAGCUUCGUUCCCACGGCAUCUGGCCUUAGAUACAGAGAAAAGGGACGCUUGAUUCGAUCGAUUUUUCAUUUUCUUUCCCUAAAGACCCUAGUCGACCGCAGAGGCACCCUAGGAUUUCUUUUCUCUUCUUUGGCUUCUUUGGUUACGAACCCAUUGUUUGAGUUUAAAUCGGAGAAGAAGGUGCUCAGGGCGGAGGUUUACCCUUUGAAGAUGAUGUGGUUCAUGAGAUUCUCCGGGUUGUUGUUCGCGAUAAUGGUGAUGAUCCUCUUCUCGCCGCAUUUUCAAUCUUUUCCUCCAGCCGAAGCUAUUCGAUCAUCGCACCAUGACGGUAAUCUCCGUGUCCCGAUUUUGAUUCCGGCGGGUGAUUCUUCCAGGUUGUUUUCAUUUAGGAAAGCUUCGGCAUUUAACAAUGCUGAAGAAUGCGGUUUCAGAGACCGAAAUUUUUCGGGGAAAUCGAGUGUCUGCGAUCCAUUUCUUGUUCACGUUGCGAUUACUCUCGAUGUUCACUACCUUCGAGGCUCAAUGGCUGCUGUUCAUUCCAUUCUGCAGCAUUCUCAGUGUCCGGAGGACAUUUUCUUCCAUUUUCUCGUCUCCGAAACGCAUCUUGAAAUUCUAGUUCGAUCGACUUUCCCUCAGUUGAAGUUUAAGGUCUAUUACUUCAAUCCAGAGAUUGUGCGGAACCUAAUUUCGACCUCUGUGAGAGAAGCGCUCGAGCAUCCGCUAAAUUACGCUAGAAAUUACUUGGCUGAUCUUCUAGAGCCGUGUGUCCGCAGGGUAAUAUACCUCGAUUCCGAUCUAAUCGUCGUCGACGACAUAUAUAAGCUGUGGAGCACAAGUUUGGGGACUAGAACGAUCGGAGCUCCGGAGUACUGUCACGCAAACUUCACUAGGUACUUCACCGACAAAUUCUGGUCGGAAAAGCGCUACUACGGCACCUUUGACGGCCGGAAACCGUGCUACUUCAACACCGGCGUUAUUGUGAUAGAUCUGGCCAAAUGGAGGCGCUUCGGGUUCACAAAGCGGAUCGAACGGUGGAUGGAGGUCCAGAAGAACAACCGGAUCUACGAGUUGGGCUCACUGCCGCCGUACCUAUUGGUUUUUGCGGGGCACGUGGCGCCCAUCGAGCACCGAUGGAACCAGCACGGCUUAGGCGGAGAUAAUGUCAAAGGCAGCUGUCGCGAGCUCCAUCCAGGUCCCGUCAGUCUCUUGCAUUGGAGCGGCAGUGGCAAGCCCUGGGCGAGGCUUGACAUGAAGGCCCCCUGUCCGAUCGACGCCGUAUGGUCGCCGUACGACUUGUACCGACCCUUACGGUAAUCGGAGGAUACCCGCCGCCGGUAAAUUCGUACAUGAUGACUCUUUUGUCCCUUCUCUUGUUCCAUUUCUCCUCAUUUUGCACCUGUAUUUUAGUUUUGGUACCUACUCAUUUUUCUCCAUUUUAUUUUAUUUUAAUAUUUUUUUAACUCUUUUCACUUUUAACUCAGAACGAUUGUAUUUUAUUCUACCCUAUUAUUCCACCAUUCAAAAAUAAAAAAUCUGAAAAAAUAAAUUCAAUUUAUUACUGCA